AUGCUUGCACCACAGAAACGAGUUAGUGAUUUUGGAGAUGGUGGACAAAUAGAUCAAGUUCAAGUUGAAGAAACCACACCAAAUCUUAUAACUUCCAUCAUACGAUUGAAACAAUUUCGCAUCAAAGGACGAUCAUUUGAAUUUCAAGAAGUGUUCGAAAAUCCAAAAAGUGAUACUUUGGUUUGUAAAUGUUUGGGUGAUGAUGGAUAUGAAUACGUUGUUAAAAUUGUUAAACUAAUUGAUGGAAUAUUUCCAAGUAAUGAUCUGAAUGGUACUUAUUCAGAUGGUUAUCAAGUAGGAGAAUGGAGAUUUGCUGCAACUGUGAAAAAGUUGUUCGAUUCUAAAUAUAGAGGAAUGGAUAUGAAAAAAUAUGGAAAGAACAAAUCAGGAAAAUUGUUCUUGUGUGAAGCGCUUCAAAUUUUAAUUAGAAUUGCUAAUGCAUUAUGUCGACUCCAUGAGCAUAAGCAUAAUAUAAUUCAUAGUGAUAUCAAACCUGCAAACAUCUUUAUUAGCUUUGAACCAACCAUUUAUUCAUUUGAUGUCAUUGAUGCUGCAUUGGGUGAUUUGGGAAUAGCCAGAACUGUUUCAUCAAAAAGUCAGCCAAUUUAUUCAUCUACUAAUAUAUUUUCUACUCCUGAUACUGCAGACACAUACUUAACACAUCACGGAACAUGUGGUUAUAUUGCACCAGAAUGUUUUAAAGGAGAACAAUGUGUAUUAAGUGAUGUCUGGAGUUUGGGAAGAGCCAUGCUGUGGCUGUUGUUUGCUAGAAAAAUAGAUGAAACACAGUCUCAUGCUGAAGUGCUAAUGAAAUUGCAAGAAGAUAUUCAAAAAAUAGACUUGUUAGAUGACAAUAAUAUUUUAGAAUUAAUAGAAAGGGGAAAUCUGGAGAAAGAUGUGACCUUACUUUGUGUAUUACAAGGGGUUUCGUUGCAUCUACUAUCAAAGGAUAAUAGAGAAGUUGUAUUGGAAGCAGUUAAACAAGAUGGCUUGGCAUUUAAAUAUGCUGAUAAAUCAUUAAGAAAAGAUAGAGAAAUUGUAUUGGAAGCAAUUAAACAAAAUGGACGUGCACUUGAAUAUGCUGAUGAAUCAUUAAGAAAAGAUAGAGAAAUUGUAUUGGAAGCAAUUAAACAAUAUGGCUUUGCACUUGGAUAUGCUGAUGAAUCAUUAAGAAAAGAUAGAGAAAUUGUAUUGGAAGCAAUUAAACAAUAUGGCUUUGCACUUAAAUAUGUUGAUGAAUCAUUAAGAAAAGAUAGAGAAUUUGUAUUGGAAGCAGUUAAACAAAAUGGCUUUGCACUUAAAUAUGUUGAUGAAUCAUUAAGAAAAGAUAGAGAAAUUGUAUUGGAAGCAGUUAAACAAAAUGGAUGUGCACUUGAAGAUGCUGAUGAAUCAUUAAGAAAAGAUAGAGAAAUUGUAUUGGAAGCAGUUAAACAAAAUGGCUAUAGAGAAAUUGUAUUGGAAGCAGUUAAACAAAAUGGACGUGCACUUGAAUAUGUUGAUGAAUCAUUAAGAAAAAAUAGAGAAUUUGUAUUGGAAGCAGUUAAACAAAAUGGCUUUGCAUUUAAAUAUGUUGAUGAAUCAUUAAGAAAAGAUAGAGAAAUUGUAUUGGAAGCAGUUAAACAAAAUGGCUUUGCAUUUAAAUAUGCUGAUGAAUCAUUAAGAAAAGAUAAACAAUUUGUAUUGGAAGCAGUUAAACAAAAUGGCUUUGCACUUAAAUAUGUUGAUGAAUCAUUAAGAAAAGAUAAAGAAAUUGUAUUGGAAGCAGUUAAACAAAAUAGACGUGCACUUGAAGAUGCUGAUGAAUCAUUAAGAAAAGAUAGAGAAUUUGUAUUGGAAGCAAUUAAACAAAAUGGCUUUGCACUUAAAUAUGUUGAUGAAUCAUUAAGAAAAGAUAGAGAAUUUGUAUUGGAAGCAGUUAAACAAACUGGCUUUGCAUUUAAAUAUGCUGAUGAAUCAUUAAGAAAAGAUAAAGAAAUUGUAUUGGAAGCAGUUAAACAAAAUAGACGUGCACUUGAAGAUGCUGAUGAAUCAUUAAGAAAAGAUAGAGAAAUUGUAUUGGAAGCAAUUAAACAAAAUAGACGUGCACUUGAAGAUGCUGAUGAAUCAUUAAGAAAAGAUAGAGAAUUUGUAUUGGAAGCAGUUAAACAAAAUGGAUGUGCACUUGAAGAUGCUGAUGAAUCAUUAAGAAAAGAUAAAGAAAUUGUAUUGGAAGCAGUUAAACAAAAUAGACGUGCACUUGAAUAUGCUGAUGAAUCAUUAAGAAAAGAUAGAGAAUUACAAAUUGUAUUGGCAGUUAUCAAACAAAAUAUUAGUGCACUUGAAGAUGCUGAUGAAUUAUUAAGAAAAGAUAGAGAGUUUGUAUUGGAAGCAGUUAAACAAAAUGGAUGUGCACUUGAAUAUGCUGAUAACUCAUUAAGAAAAGAUAAAGAAUUUGUAUUGGAAGCAGUUAAACAAAAUGGACGUGCACUUGAAGAUGCUGAUAACUCAUUAAGAAAAGAUAGAGAAAUUGUAUUGGAAGCAAUUAAACAAAAUGGACGUGCACUUGCAUAUGCUGAUAACUCAUUAAGAAAAGAUAAAGAAUUUGUAUUGGAAGCAGUUAAACAAAAUGGCUUUGCACUUGAAUAUGCUGAUGAAUUAUUAAGAAAAGAUAGAGAAAUUGUAUUGGAAGCAGUUAAACAAAAUGGACGUGCACUUGAAUAUGCUGAUAACUCAUUAAGAAAAGAUAGAGAAAUUGUAUUGGAAGCAAUUAAACAAUAUGGCUUUGCACUUGAAUAUGCUGAUGAAUUAUUAAGAAAAGAUAGAGAAAUUGUAUUGGAAGCAGUUAAACAAAAUGGCUUUGCACUUGAAGAUGCUGAUGAAUCAUUAAGAAAAGAUAAAGAAAUUAUAUUGGAAGCAGUUAAACAAACUGGAUGUGCACUUGAAUAUGCUGAUGAAUUAUUAAGAAAAGAUAGAGAAAUUGUAUUGGAAGCAAUUAAACAAAAUGGAUGUGCACUUAAAUAUGUUGAUGAAUCAUUAAGAAAAGAUAAAGAAAUUAUAUUGGAAGCAGUUAAACAAACUGGAUGUGCACUUAAAUAUGCUGAUGAAUCAUUAAGAAAAGAUAAAGAAUUUGUAUUGGAAGCAGUUAAACAAAAUAGACGUGCACUUGAAUAUGCUGAUGAAUCAUUAAGAAAAGAUAGAGAAUUGUAUUGGAAGCAGUUAAACAAAAUGGCUGCCGAUUACAAAGGUUUUUUUGAAAGAAAAUGA